AAAAAAGUAAAGGGUUUUUUUUUUAAAUUUUUAAUUAAAAAAAAAAUCUGCUACUCCAUAAAAAAAUUAAAAAACAGUGCAGCCGUUGCCAUUUUAACCUUUCAUCACUGUCCGGAAAAACACUGAUAAACUCGUCCAGUGAUAAGGAAAAUGGCUUUUAGAGGAAAAGAGAUGAUGAAGAAAGUUCUGAAAAAGGUUGGAGACAAGAAUUUGACUCCACGAGCGAAGGAAUCGAUAGAGAAAUGGCUUCCCAAAAACAAAGUUGUUAUGGGUCGUGCAAAACGUGGUCUUUUUGCGGGGAAACAUAUUCAGUUUGGGAAUAGUGUUAGUGAAGAUGGUGGUAACAGGACAAGGAGAACAUGGAAACCUAAUGUACAAGAUAAGAGGCUCUUUAGCUAUAUCCUAGAUCGUCAUAUUCGUAUUAAAGUUACCACUCACGCCCUCCGUUGCAUCGACAAGGCAGGCGGAAUUGAUGAGUACUUGCUGAAGACUCCUUAUCAAAAGAUGGACACAGAAAUAGGUGUCUUGUGGAAGUCAAAGAUUGAGAAGUUGUACGAAGAGCUUGGAAAGAAAGAGGUUGUAUUCUUUUCACCGGAGGAUGAAGCAAAGUUUGAACAGGGCUUUAAAGAUUUGAGAUUAUCUGAACGGGAAGCACGAAAAGAAGUCAGAAAAAUAAUGCAUGCCAGCAUGAACAAGCACAAACUAAUUGAGGUAGAAAGUAAAGAUGGUGACGAGGGAGCUGCUAAAAUUGAGGGAGAAAUCUCACUCGAUUCAUCUAAGCGAUUGGUUCCUGUCUCAUACGUUUUAGCUCCUGACAGGCUCAAAGUUGGAGAUUAUAUAUCUAAUUGAUGUUAUGUCAGCUGAUAAUGGCGGUGUAAGUUGUCUUAGCUCAUUGAGUAUGAAAGUCUUGGUUCUUUGAUUUUUGGUUCAUCCUGGUUUUAUGACCUAAACUUUCUGUAGUCAAAAAGCAUAAUUUAUGGCGCCAAAAUAAAGAGUUUAUUCCUUGUAGUAGGAUCAAUUUUCCUGAUGCAUUCUUAGUGAAUCUAAAAGGCAUUCCUGUAGUCAGUAUUGUUUUCAUGUUGUUAAUUUUGUAUUUGGGUGCACCUAUGCAGGUGACUAAUAUCUAACAGAUACAUAAUAUUGUUAGUUCUUUUUCUUUUCAUUUUUUUCUUUGUAUGAGGCAAUUGUUUUGGACCUUCUGACUUGUAUAAGGUACUAUUAAAUCCUUCGUGAAUGCAUUUUUCAAAGAGGAAAGACGAAGACAUUUAAAUCAA